GAGUUUUUCACUCGUAAUUAGCGCUGAAUUGCAUUGCAAUCCAUAGUUAUGUCGACAAUGACUGCGUUUACGCGUGUUUUGUGUCAACGUUUUGCCACUAAAUCACUGCUUAAACCGUAAACACGUUUCCCGACUGUCAUUGAGAUGUAAACAACUGUUUGUUAACAUAAUUAUCGACUAAUAGUAACCGAUAUUAACCGCAAAUCUGUGAUAAUAUUUACACACAAGAAGUGGAUUGAGUUUUGUUGACCACAAAAGUCAAACACAAAAAUGCUUUUCAUAUCAACAAACCGCUGGACACUAGCCAUCGGUGUCUUAAUUGUGAUCAACAGUGUGGCCGCCGAUGGCUCUCAACCGGCGCCUACUGUCAGCCCUCCCGGCGCUGCCGACUCGUCCCCAUCGACACCACUGGCCACAGAUGGCGACCACAAGUCCGGUGAUAAUCGCGACGCGAAUGCGAGCCAAUCGUCGCCCGACACGACCUCCGGAUCCGGGGAUCAGUCGACGAUAUCAACGACAACGACCAUCACCGCCGCCACAGACAGUGAGGGCACCGGUGGUGACCAAUCGGUGACGACAAACGCCACUAUCAACCGGACAUCAUAUGUGGAACCGUUGGUGAAUGACUUGCCGUCAGUGCCCACUCCGGCGCCGCCCUCUGAGAUGUUGUCGUUCGAGGAAUGGCGCAAAAAGAUCGCCGAAAAGGCUGUCCAACAGCAACAGCAGCAACAACUGCACCAACAAAACGGCGCUCAACUCACUGUUCCCAAGACUACGGGGCAGCAGGCGAUCGGUGGACAACAAACGGGUCAAGUGUUGACACCCCAGGGCUCACCCGUCGGGACGCAGACGUCCGGACAGGUGACGGACGCCGGAAGUACAGGCGCUGUGGCCCAGAAGCCCAAGUCGAUGGGCGUCCAGAAAAGGACCCGUAAUUUCGCGUCCCAUGAAUGCGGCGCUAAAAUAGUGGACAGCAAUCCGGAGUCGGAGUCCGUCUUAAGGAUUCUGAACGAACAGACCGACGAAUAUAUGCUGAACCCAUGCAAAGCCAAGAUCUGGUUUGUGGUGGAGUUGUGCGAAACCGUACAGCCCAUGCACAUAGAACUGGCUAACUUUGAACUGUACUCAUCGGUGCCCAAAGAGUUCAACAUACAGGCCAGCGAUCACUAUCCCACCCGCGACUGGUCCUCAUUAGGUAAGCGUCGCUCCCGACGAUUGGUUACGCUAUACGAGUAG